GCGAGCGGUGAACACGCGUGCAGCCUCCGACACACGACGCGUGACUCAUCGCCUCGCGGUACGUACGCGGUAAAUACCUGUGACCGGCGCGGGACUUACGCUUGACUCUGUUUGCAAAAAAUAUAACGCUCGAUUAGGAAACCGGCGCUGACGCAAAGCGCGGGGAAAUAUCUUGAAUAAUUAAAGCCACUCAGCUGAUAUUGACAGAGCGUGCGUAUCCGUACGAGAAGAUAUUACGCGCGCUUCUUAGAACAUAGUAGGUAGAUCGGGUUCAGUGAUAGAAAAUAUUUAGGAUAGAUCCGUGCUGAGCUUCUUGAUUCGUGACUCACAUAAAAUGACGAAAGUUAAGUUGAAACAAACUUCAAGGUCUGCCCUGAUUCCCGCUAGUGUACGUAAAUAGUUAAGGAAAAAUUAUGUUAAUGUCCGUGAUUGUUUACAUCGUUUCGUUGAAUACUCUAUCGAACGUGAGUGAACUUGUUUGUUAAAUUUGCUUAAUUAACUAUACAAUACUGAUAAAUAGGCAACUAAUUUAACGUAAAUCAAAGAUCUCUUUAUAAUACAAUUUACGAACAAUAACAAUACUCAUUAUUUUAAGCAAGCAAAACCCGUCAGUGUACAUAAGUGACAGUUCAAUAAAUAAUAAAAAGGAAAAAAAAUUGGAUCGUCGCCAAAAAUUCUUUGAAGGUUUUGAAUGUGACAAUAAAUUACUCAUCGUCGUAAAGGUCAUGCGCAGGCGCAGUGAAAGUGUAAGAAUAGAAUAAAAUAUUGAAAUCACAAUAUCAUCACCUCAAUAAAUUUAAAUAACCGAUAUUUCCUAAAUACGGUGGUUAAAAAACAAAGAGGCGGUUCGAUUCCUGUAGAACUUUGCCAAUAAAAAGAGUAAAGGCGAGGGCGAGGGUGUGAUGCUGCAUUGAAGGAUGCACUUGCCGUACGAGUCCAGGGGCCGUCGGCGCCGCGAGAUGGCCGAGCUCGAGCCCUGGUGGCUCCAGUCCAUCAUCGACGAAACGCUCGGCGAACAUCCUGACCUCGUACGGACCGGCAGUCCAGACUACAUGUGUUCCAUGCUGCCGCAGCACUGGCGGUCGAACAAGACGUUGCCAGGUGGCUUCAAGGUAGUGGCCCUGGGUGACGUGCUAGACGGCACACAGGUCACGGUGCGGGCGGGAAACGACGAGAACUGCUCCGCGGAACUGAGAAACAACACAGCUGUGAUGAAGAACAGGGUUGCCAAGUUUAAUGAUCUUCGAUUUGUCGGGAGGAGUGGGAGAGGAAAAAGUUUUUCUUUAACAAUAACAGUAUCAACGACGCCACCUCAAGUAGCGACAUACCAAAAAGCAAUCAAAGUGACAGUUGACGGCCCGAGGGAGCCCCGAUCUAAAACAAUUAUUCUAGGUACGAAUGCAUCGACUCAUCAAAUCCGGACGAUCGGUUUCCAACGACCCUUCAUCUCCGGAUCAUCCAUGGCUCUCCGCGAGAUGGAAUACAAAUCAUCUGCGAGGUCGCUGCGGUCACUAUCACACGAGGAACGAGAGUACAAAACAAAUGCUAACUUGCCAACUGAAGAGAACACUGGAAACAUUCUCGGAGCAAGUGAGUGGAACACGGGAUACCCUUCAUCAGCCUCUGUAUACCCGUCCUACGGACCCCUUCAACCCGCCUACUACAAACCAGACCCGACGAUACACAUACCUGCAGUCCUUCCUGAAAUACCCCUCGGUCAUACGACUGACUACAGCGGCUUCCAGUCUGGCUCAACGGGCUUCGUAAAAGGGAGCCCUAGCGGCGCUAGUGGCACCCUCACCGACCUUAACACUCCUGCAAUGACUACGCAAAGAUACGACCCAAAUUAUUACAAUUCUUGGCCGGCGAACAGCUACAAUUACCAAUACAACAACAUCAAUAAUAACCCCGCCUGCCUACAAUCUCAUACUCCUUACAUAAAUCCAAAUCCACAAAUGAUCCUACCGAAUUUAACGUACUCAACUGUUAAUCAGAAUCAAAUACACGUCCACUUGCACAGUUCAUCAGAUAAAUACAACCUCGAACAAUACAUGCCAAGUGAAAUUAAAAUUAAUGAUAUAGAUGGCGGCAUUUCUAUUACAACUGAUUUACCCGGUGUGGGCGAACCGAGCGGUCUAGUGCAAACUUGUGAAUCCGCCGACGAUGUGAAAAAUGGACUUUAUGGAGCGGGAAGUCAAGAAGUUUGGAGACCCUAUUGACAGUUCGCUACACCUCUCUAUGAUAGUAAUCAACAUUCCAUUGUACAUAUUGUGAUAUAGUUAUGUGAAAUAAACUCGUUAUAGUUGAUAAUUGUAUAGAAAUAAUUUAGAAAUCAAUUAAUGUAAAACAUUAAUUAGAUAAUAAGUGUUAAUAAAUGUAUUCAAGUAAGAUAAAUUAACAUUCCAAGUUACUUCGUUUUUUAUUGUAAUUUAAUUUGAUGAUUUUAAAUUAAAAAAUAAUAAAAUACCAACUAC